ACACUCCACGUUCUUCAUUGAUGAAUCCCACCAAUUCAACAUGAUGUUUGCAGGUGGUCGUUGACAACGGGCUGGGGGAUAGUGCGCUGGAUAAACUAGUGUUCGAGAGUCUCAUAUUCCACGGCGUCAAUGCUCAAUGGUUUGUUUGAGGCUCUUACAUACAAUCUUUCUCGAGUGGAGCAUCUCAACGGUUCCACCUAAUCAAGAAGGACCCCGCGGAUCUGGACCGUUGACUUCCUACUUUAGCUCUGUGAUUCAACAACCUGAGGAACUCACUAGCGGGAGUUGUUCAUGCUUCGCAUAUAAACGGAGGUGGAUUCCAUGCUGUUCACUCUCCAUUCGUACGCGUGUCCUACGAAUAUCUCUGACUCGAACCUUGCUCGCAAAGGAGGAGGCCAUGCAUCGGGCGUGUUUGAUCAAUGCGAUCGUCGCUAAGAGAUCAUCAUCGCCCUGGUGGUGGCCACCUCGAUGGGCUCAGACGGGGACCUACCUAGCCCCGCCAUUGGCAAUUGGGGAAGUCGGUUCAGCGCCCGGGUGCCCCUCCCUCGGUGCCUUUUUUUCCCUUUUCUGUUUAUUUCCAUUUUCUUCAUCGUCAACGCCCACCUUGCCCGCCAUCAUCUUCUUUGUUCUAGCUCAGCAAGCACGCUCAGGCCCAGGUCCACGUGGGCAAUUCGGCACCUGCACCACGGUCCCUCUCCCACUCUCCCUUGCAUCGCGCGUGCAAAAGGGCAGCCGACUGACGCCAUUACCGUUCCACAGCUGUCUUAUCAGCCGCCCAGCAGUUGCACUGUGUGGUUUUAUUAAGAGCAGACAGCCAAUUCGAUCCAGCUCGCUUCACAUAAAACAGGGAUCAGCGAUAAGGCUGCUGUGCUGCUUGUGCUGCGGGCUGCAGACUGCAGUGCUGUGUUGCUUUGCUGCUCCCCCUCACUCCUCCUCGACUCUGGGGACCAAUACAUUUCCUCCCUCCUCUCGAUCCCGAUCAACACUGGGAAUUGACAAAGACCCCCAUCCCCUCUUUGGGACUUCUUCAACAGACAGGGCCCAGAUUAUCUACUCUCCCAUCCCGAAAUAUUGAUUCCCACCUUAUUUCAUCUUAAGCCGUACCCAUAUUAUUGUGUCGAUCCCGAGAUCCUCCUCUCCCAUCUCUACCCGUCCUUUGAUCGAACCUCGGAAUCCCCUC